AAUGCCGUCACCAUGUCGGAGAUAGAGGACCCAGAAACGAACGGCUUGCGAAGCACCUUUGCCUCUUACAUGGCGGAGGGCGAGCGGCUUUAUCUCUGCGGGGAGUUCUCUAAAGCUGCCCGUAGUUUCAGCAACGUGAGUCACGCUCUGAACCUAUCAGUCAUCCAUCACCACUUUGGAUUCCUGAUAAUGAGGUCCUGAUGAUGCCCUCCGUAAGAUGCCCGUUACUUCUGUUCACUUGUUCCUGAUUAAUGCACCACUGUGACGGAUAAGCCCCUGCAGAACCAUUUCCUACCAAUUCCCACUGCAUUCUGCCUGAUUCUUACUUAGUAACCACUUUGUGCGUUUCAGCAUGACCUUUUCUUUUUUGCUCAAGUAUUUCGUGAUUGACUGGCCCCCCUACAGAGCAGCCCCAAUUUCCCAUCAUUGGCCAAGAGAUUGGCUGGGAGACUUCUUGCAGAAGUGAAGUCUCAGUUGCUUAUGGAAGGUGGUCCGUAAAUAACUAACAUUAUCACACACAGCCUUAUUGUAAAUCGCUCCACCCCACCGUAAGUAAGGGGAUUAAGUGCUGUUUUAGGAUACCAGGCAUACUGCUAGGCGCAGUAGAAGUCUAUGGGGGAGACACUGUUAUUACACAAUGUAUACAGAAGGAAACUGAUAAGGAAGUUGGGUAGCAUGCCCAAGAUCACUGAACUAGCAAGUGGCAGAGAAGGAGUCGACCCCAAGCAGUCAGACUCCAGUUCUGAGGUGCUAACCACCAGAGAACACUCCCUCCCUCGCAAGCUCUGUACCUUCAGAAUGGAGACAAGAACUGCCUGGUCGCCCGCUCCAAGUGCUUCCUGAAGAUGGGAGAGUUAGAGAAGUCCCUGAAGGACGCCGAGUCUUCGCUCCAGGGGGACCCGACUUUCUGCAAGGGGAUUUUACAAAAGGCUGAGACCCUGUACACCAUGGGAGACUUUGAGUUUGCCUUGGUGUUCUAUCACCGAGGCUACAAGCUGUGGCCUGAUCGGGAAUUCAAAGUGGGAAUUCAAAAAGCCCAGGAAGCCAUCAACAACUCAGUGGGCAGUCCUUCUUCCAUUAAGCUGGAGAACAAAGGAGACCUCUCCUUCUUGAGCAAGCAGGCCGAGAGUAUGAAAGCCCUGCAGAAGCCGCACCUGGUGAGACACCUCCUACACCCGCCUAUGAGAGAGUCCAAGCGGAAGGGCUCCCUCAAGAGCAAGAAGACUGUCCGCCAGCUCCUGGGCGAGCUCUACGUGGACAAGGAGUAUCUGGAAAAGCUCCUACUGGACGAAGACCUGAUCAAAGGCACGGUCAAGCGUGGCCUGACCGUGGAGGACCUCAUCAUGACCGGCAUCAACUACCUGGACUCCCGCAGCGACUUCUGGAGGCAGCAGAAGCCCAUCUACGCCAGGGAGCGCGACCGGAAGCUGAUGCAGGAGAAGUGGCUGCGGAACCGCAAGCGCAGCCCCUCACAGACAGCCCAUUACAUCCUCAAGAGCCUGGAGGACAUUGACAUGCUGCUGACCAGCGGCAGUGCUGAGGGCAGCCUCCAGAAGGCGGAGAAAGUGCUGAAGAAGGUGCUGGACUGGAACAAGGAAGAGGUGCCCAACAAGGACGAGCUGGUUGGAAACCUGUACAGCUGCAUCGGGAACGCCCAGAUCGAGUUGGGGCAAAUGGUGGCGGCCCUGCAGAGCCACAGGAAAGACCUGGAGAUCGCCAAGGAAUACGACCUUCCUGAUGCCAAGUCACGAGCGCUGGACAACAUCGGCAGGGUUUUCGCCCGAGUUGGCAAAUUCCAGCAAGCCAUUGACACGUGGGAGGAGAAGAUCCCUCUGGCGAAGACCGCUCUGGAGAAGACCUGGCUGUUCCAUGAGAUUGGCCGCUGCUACUUGGAGCUGGACCAGGCCUGGCAGGCCCAGAAUUACGGCGAGAAGUCCCAGCAGUGCGCGGAGGAAGAGGGGGACAUUGAGUGGCAGCUGAACGCCAGUGUCCUGGUGGCCCAGGCACAAGUGAAGCUGAGAGACUUCGAGGCGGCCGUGAACAACUUCGAGAAGGCGCUGGAGAGGGCGAAGCUUCUCCACAACGACGAGGCACAGCAGGCCAUCAUCAGCGCUUUGGACGAUGCCAACAAGGGCAUCAUCGACGAGCUGAAGAAAACGAACUACAGGGAUUUGUUCAAAGAAAAGAGAGAGAAAGAGGCUGCUGCACUGGAUUAUGCGUCAGUGACGGUGAAGGAGAAGGAGAAGGAAGGAGUGAAAAAAAGGAGGGAUGAGCCCGAGAAGGUGAUGAAGCAGUGGGACAGAGACCAAACUGAAAGUGAGAAAGACACAGAGGACGAGUCGCCCUACGAAGACACUCUGAUGGCAGUGAGAAAACAGGAGGAAGACAGGCAGAGAGAAGUCGAGAGGACCAGCUCCUUAAGGGGAAGAGAAUCAGGAUCCACGGGGACGGAUUCAGGAGAGCUGGCCCAGAGACUGUCCGGAGAACUGGGUGUGAGAUCGGGAGAAGCAGGCAGGAGAGCGUCAGAAGCGAACAGGAGUGAAUCAAGAGAAGUUUACAGGAGGACUUCCAAUCUGGAUCAAAAACUCGAAGAAGACUCAAUCAAAAGGGAACUGGAAGGACAAGAGGAGAGUCAGUCAGAAGCCAGCAGAAGAGAGUCGGAAGAGCAAGGGAAAAUAGAAUUGGGAGAAACGAAAACAGAAAAUGAUGAAAACAUGGGAGAAGAUGAAAAGAAAGAUGAAUAAGGCAGGUUUUAGUAGGCAUCAGAAUCAGGAGGCUGGUGUUCGCAGGCACCACGGGGAUCUUAGGAAACCGCUUUCAAAUUGAGAUUUUUUUUAAUGGGGAAAAAAAAUGUGGCCUGGGCCCUACAGGUUACUUCUGCCUCUUUCUGAUACUGUUUUCCCUUUAAAUAUAUAUCUUUCACUCUUA